CCACGUAAGCUCUGAAACAUUGGUUAGUUCUGUAGUAAUUGAUUCCUGCCAUCUCGUUGAAAUACAAUAACUACUCUAGUAAUUAAUCCAUGAAAUUGUGAAGGGUCAGCAUCAUUUAUAUCUCAAAAUUCAGUGUGUGUCAAAUCUUGCUACCUGAUCACAGCUAAUCAGUACCCUCAACUUCAAUUUUUUUCAGAAUAAAGUGAAACUUCAUAUUUUGUAUUGACGUUCCCAAAUUAAAUUAUCUUUGUUCAAACUACACAUAAUUCAGUUUCAAAUAGGAGGAGGAGGAGAAGAUUCAGAUAAAAAAAAAAAAAAAUCAGCAUGAACAUGUUGAAUGAGCCAUUAAUUUCCCAAGAAAAUGAGACCCCUCAAUUUCCAAAGGUUCUUCUCAACUAUCUAUAUGUUGGUCAUUUCCUAUCCAGAUGGAGUGCCAGGAUGUGGGAAUUCUCAGUUGGUUUGUACAUGAUCCACGUCUGGCCAGAUUCUUUACUCCUAACGGCUGCUUAUGGUGUAGUGGAGUCUGCUUCCACGGCAUUGUUUGGUCCCCUCAUUGGACAGUGGGUGGAUAGGUUGACAUACGUUAAGAUUCUCCAACUUUGGCUGUUGAGCCAAAAUAUCUCGUUUAUUGUUGCUGGAGGUGCAGUAGUUGCUCUUUUAAUCCGUUCAGACUUGAUAUUGGUCAAUCUUAUGGCAUUUAUCUCACUUGUCUGUUUAAUUAAUACCUCUGGAGCUGUUGCUGUGCUAUCAACUCUUGCCGGAACCAUCUUGAUCGAAAGAGAAUGGGUAGUUGUAAUAUCAGAAGGCCAACCUCCUGGGCUGCUAACUAAGAUGAAUUCAAUUAUAAGACGAAUAGAUUUGAUCUGCAAGUUAUUCGCUCCGGUCAUUAGUGGAUUCAUUAUCAGUUUUAUUUCUCUAACUGCUUCAGCAAUGACUCUAGCUCUUUGGAACAUUAUAUCCGUGUGCUUGGAAUACUGGUUUUUUACAUCUGUAUACAACGGGAUUCCAGCUCUAAGUCAAAGCAGCCUUAGGAGGAUCUCAAGAUCUUCGCCAGAGCAUUUAGAUUUAAGCCCCACUAUAUCUCGUGAACAGAAGAGGUCACUUCACUCGGGUGGAAUUAGAUUGGAGCAAUCUGAAAAUAUCUGGAGGAAAAUAGUUGGCUCCAUCUCAAGAUUACCUUGCCUUACUGGAUGGAAAGCGUACUUGCAGCAAGAUGUAGUCCUCCCUGGACUAGCCCUUGCCUUACUCUUUUUUUCCGUACUCAGCUUUGGAACAUUAAUGACUGCUACACUUGAAUGGGAGGGAAUUCCUGCAUAUGUCAUUGGAAUUGCGCGUGGGGUAAGCGCAACAAUAGGGAUAGCUGCAACAUUUCUCUACCCUGUCUUGGAAUCACAUAUUUCGACACUGCGAACAGGUCUUUGGUCAAUCUGGUCACAGUGGACUUGCCUGUUGAUAUGUGCAGCUUCGAUAUGGGUCCAUAAGAAAUUUCUAUCAGCAUUUAUGCUUAUGGUUGGUGUGGCUGCCUCACGUUUGGGAUUGUGGAUGUUUGACUUAUCGGUCAUUCAGCAAAUGCAGGAUCAUGUCCCUGAAAGCGAUCGAUGUGUGGUAGGAGGAGUUCAAAACUCACUACAAUCUGUUCUGGAAUUGAUGACAUAUCUCUCGGGCAUAAUCAUAUCCGAUCCCCAGGAUUUUUGGAAGUUGAUCCUAUUAUCUUUCCUUUUAGUGACACUGGCCUCGACGUUAUACAGUAUACAUGUUUAUCGGGUUAGGAAGCACCUCUUUCACUUUGAGAAGUUCAAUUGUUUUAUAAGAUCAUCUUAGACUCUGUACUAAUGAAUAUGAAAAACAGAAAUGGAGAUUAAUUUCUAUAAUCUUUCUAUAUAGCCAUAAGCAUGUUUCAUCUUUACAUGUAAUUUUCUUGCAAUCUUGUAAAUUAUAUUUUACUUAGUCGAAAUUAAGCUGAAUGACACACUUGUAUUCAGCUAAGGUUGCCUCAAAGGCCAAUGCCAAUGAGAGGUAGGCAGAGCUUCCUCCCUUUUGUACACCAUAAACGUACUAGUAGUUGUAGUUGCUUUAAGGCAUUGCAAGAAAUUUUAAAUUU